CUGCCUCCUCGUCUUCGCUUCGAAUUUGCCCGGCCCUGUCCUUCUCGUGCUUAUGCAGACGGCUGGUCGACUCCCUCGGUCUCGCCCUGCCUUGUCCCGGCUGCAGUGUUCUGCCCUGCCUACUCUGCCUCCCCACUAGCUUGCGGUCGCUAUCCUCUUCUCGCACUGUUGCCCACUCUCCUCCUCACUACAAUUUGCAGCCCAGCCAGCACCUCAAUCUCGCCAUGGCUUACUCCCCUGCUCCGGCCUCCCCUGUCCACGGCGGCGGGGCCCCCCUGAUGUCUAACAGCUUACAAUCUAGAGGCCGCUCCACCAGUCCCCCGACCAGCGUCCCGCUGUCGAAACGGGACAAGCGACGCAGCGCGCUCCAGGAGCGCCUCCAUGAUCUCACGGCCUCGUUCAGCCAAAACCGAGACACCCAGUUCCGCCAGCAAUUGCAUGCCCUGCAAUGCGACAUGACCCUCAUCAACAAUGCGGAUCCGUACGAGCCGGGCCCCCUCCCCGACUCGGCGGAUGACAUCGCCCACCUGAUUGAAAAUACCGUCGGCGGGGGCAAGUUCGCCAAGGAGAUGGCGAGUUUGGCGGGUAUGUGGUAUUCGCGGUUCGUGCAGGAGAUCAAUCAUAUCAAAGCGGAUAAAGACGCGGAUUUGGCUAUGUUGGUGCAUCGUCAUAACAAUAAUCUAGAACGGUUCAAGCACGAGUAUGCCUUUCGGGUCCACUUUGCAGAGGAAGAAUACCACUCGCUCUCCAUGACCCUCCGAGAGCGUCUCGUUCAGACCAUCUCGGGUAAGCGGGCUCGCUUGAUGCGAGAAAAAGAGCAGCUGGAUCUGGCCGAUACCAACGCGCUCCUCCUCCACCCUAAUCAGUUUAGCAUCACCAACCCGGCCAGUCCGGGUGGGAUUCACGGAAACCGCAAGACCCGUCACACCCGCCACCGGGUCGAUCUGGAAGAGCUCGGCAGCAACGGGAUCAUGUCGGAACAUCUUAAUAAGCGGAAGCGAAAGGCGGCCGAUGAGGACGUGGGCUCGCCUGUGCGCGAUUCUGGUUAUGCCAACCCGGCCGAGCGUGCCAAGGCGCAGGUGGCCCAGCAACAGCAAGCGCCGUCCUACUCUAUCAAUUCUCUCUUCACGGAGAAGGAGCUGGGCGCUCACGCGAAUAACGCGCACAUUGCGACAGUCCACUUCUUUUCGACGUCCAAGCGUGCGGAUCAGCCGUCCGGGGCGGCGACGAACGGCAACAACACCGACGUCGAUGACUCUGGGGUGGACGGCACGGGUGCCGAGGACAAUGGCACCCCUGCGGCCGACAUGGCUCGAACGGCCAGUCAGAACUUCCAUGCCACGCGGUCCACGCGGACGCAUGGCAACCAUGCCUUGAACGCGCUGGCGGAGCUGUCAGACAAGCCCGCAGUGCGUCCCAACCUCCCGUACCACAUCCUGGCCAACUACCACGCGCGUUCAAGCAACAGCGGCGCCCCUCCCCUGCCUCCUCUGAUGAACGAGGAGGUGGACGAUGACUGGGCGCGCAUCGACCGGAUGCACCUCAAGCCGGCCGGGUUUGUGGAUCGCGGCUUCGUGCAGCUCCUGGUCGAGGCCAUUCCUGCGGACGUGGAUGGGGUGCCGCAGAACCCGAACCGAUUCAACCUAUUACACCCGGACUUUCCUACGGAAAUGGGCGUGCACCUAUACCCACUUAAAAAAGACACGGUCGAGAUCACGAGCAAUGAGCGUUCGAAGAAGACCAAAACGGGCUAGCCAUAGCCUUUUGCAAUAUAUCACGGGCGUUUACGUCUAGCCACAUGGCUAGUCGGGAAGGUGUAACAGGAUCGGUAGCGGGAGUACUUAAUAAAUACCAUUGACGGGCGUUGGGAUUGAUUGGCCGCCUGUGGCUUUGCUUGGAUGGGACGGAGCGAGACACUCCUCCAUUUUAUUCCUUCUUCUUUUCUUCUUCUUUUCAUUUGUGACUCAGACUCUCUGAUUUGAUCGUUGAUUCUCCCCUUUGCUUCGGACUGGAUUCCUUGGGACGGCGUUAGGUUGGCUGAUGAUAGAUUUGUUCGUGUUGCUUCGUUGGAUAUAUCAUACGCUAGUAUAGGAUAGGAUGGAUAGUAGGAAGUAGUAGGUCGGUAGGAAUGAAUGAUUGUACAUGCUUG